AUGCACAGCGGAAAUAUGUUAUUCGUUGAAGCAAAUGAAAGAACCUAUCAAUGGCAAAUUGGAGACUUUGGAUUAUCACAUCCUGCAAAUAAUACUUCAAUAAAUAAUGAAAUAUAUGGAGUAAUUCCUUACAUAGCACCAGAAAUAUUUAAUGGUGCUUCAUUUUCAAAAGAAUCUGAUAUUUAUAGUAUUGGAUAUAUUUCGAAGGAACAUGAAUAUGAUAUAAAUACCCAAAGUUCGUCUUUAGCAAAUAAAAAUUCUAAUAUCCAGUAUCAAGACGCAGGUUACGCUAACUUUUCAUUAAAUGAAUAUACUUCUAAGGAAUUGGAAUUUGAUAUUUCAAGGCAACCUGCAAUAGAUGUAAAGUCCACAACUCAGAAUGCUUCAAAUACACUGCAUCAAAGUGGAACUUAUAAUAUUCCAUUAAAUUCAUCUAUUUCAUCUGAGAUUUCUUCAAGAAAACGUGAUAUUGAAGAAUCAGAAAUCAACUCUCAAGUUAAGGGAAAACGCGUUAAAACUGGUGAUAGUUUAAUUUCAGAAUAUCUUAAUAUAGACUUUACAGACAAAGUUUUCAUUAUUGACAUUUCUGAAUACGUGUCUUAA